CUAAACUUCCAGGUCUCUGCACGCCACUUCUUCCAAUAUUGAAUUCAUUCUAAUAAUGCAAUUGCGUCUGAAUGCAAUUGCCUAGGAAUCGUGCGCAAAUUUCCAACUCUGUUGUAAGCUAAUUUUACAGCCCAACAACAGACGUUAUAUAAGAAUCCUAUGCAAAAGAAAAAUUGACGAAAAAUUAUUUGAACAGUUCUUUAUCCUCUGUUUCAGGUCUAAAAUAUAGAGCUCUGGCUUAGUUACAGGGGAAAAAGAAAAGCAAAAUUAUGGGAGCUCAUGCGGUAGUGAUUCCAUAUCCCGGGCGAGGCCAUGUAAAUCCAAUGAUGCAGCUUGCACUAAAGCUCGCCUCUCACGGAAUCCCCGUCACAUUUGUGGUGACCGAAUCAUGGAACAAAAUCGUUACCCAGGCCGAGGAAAAUCCUUUCACCCAUGAUCGAAACUUCCGCGCUGCUCUCAUUCCAGAUUGCGUGGUGGGAGAGUCUCAAAGGGCUCAAAACUUCACGGGGUUUUUUCACUCGCUGUCAAACAUGGAAGCUCAUGUGGCUCAACUCCUAACCAAUCUCAAUCUCUCGGGAACACCUGCAACAUGUAUCGUGGCCGAUGUAUUUCUGAAGUGGGUUGUUCCUUUUGCCAAAACACACGCUCUCCAAUCUGUUUCGCUCUGUCCAAUGUCUGCCACAACUUUUUCCGUCUUUUAUCAUUUAGAUUUGGGGUUAGAAGGGUGGAAGGAAUUUAUUGCCGAAUCGCAUCCGCUACAACCAACAGACCUUCCGGUCGAUCUAACCCCUCCAUCUCCUUUGGGCAAUGAAAUAGUUGAGUGUUUUGCCAAUGUGAGGACAGCAGAUUGGAUUGUAGUGAAUUCUUUUGACGAUUUGGAAUCGAAAGCAGUGGAGGCACAGCGCCAGAAAACACCCGUGCACUGUGUGGGUCCCUUAAACAUGGUUUCCCCUUCACAGCUCAACACGCACUGCAGUGAAUGGCUGGAUUCGAAACCUGCACGGUCGAUCAUCUAUGUUUCCUUUGGCAGCUUCCAUGCUGUCGGGAGAGCCCAGGUAAGGGAAAUAGCCGCUGGUCUUAUGAAAAGCGGCUGCUAUUUCAUGUGGGCGCUUCGUCCAGAUAAAGAGGCUAAUAAUUUCUCGGAGAUGUUGCCGACUGGAUAUUUAGAAGAAUGUAAAGGGCAGGGGUUAAUAGCAGCCUGGUUUAGGCAGGUGGAGGUUCUGAAACAUCCUGCUGUAGGAGGGUUUUUGAGCCACUGCGGGUGGAAUGGGGUUUUGGAAAGUCUGUCAGCGGGUGUUCCCAUGCUGGGGUUUCCUGUUGCAGCGGACCAGUUUUUGAAUUGCAGAAUGAUGGUGGAGGAAUGGAAGUUUGGGUUAGGGCUGAAAAAUGCAGAGGAUGGGAAUAGAGUAAUAGGAGCUGAAGAAAUAGAGAGCAAGGUAAAAAUGUUGAUGGAAGGGGAGGAGGGCGUAAGCGCACGAAGAGCAGCAGAGAGAUUUAGGGACGCGGCAGAGCAGGGAGUGAGCAAAGGAGGAGAUUCUGCAACUAAUUUAGAAGCGCUGGUAAAUAGAUUGAAGGUAAUUUGAUAAAUGUUUUUACUGAGCAUAAUAGACGCCCGAAUAUAGAGCCGUGAUGAAUUACGACUCUGUUUGGUGUGGGUAUCUUAUCUGGUUGAAUACGUCCUUUGAAUUCUUGUUGUUUAAGUAAGUGAUAAUAGCAAUCGCCCAACCUCCUAUUCGUGUAGUCUAAGAUAUUUUCAGCUGCUAUUGAAUGGCGUGCGCUGACGACUCUCCAAAAUAUGAAGACCACUUUGAGUUGGGUGGUGUCUAGAGUUUUA